AUGUACUUCCCAAUUGUCGCCCUCCUCUCCCUUGCUGGAACCGCUUUGGCCGUCCCAGUCGCCAACGCCGCUGAAUCUGCACCGUGCACCACCGUCAUCCGUGUCGCCCCACACUUUGACCUCUCUCCAACCCGGACCAUCUACAAGAACACCGUCACUGUUUCCAGUCCUGUCGACUGCAAUGGUUGUGUUCUUAAAACCGAAACCUUUAAUUUCGGGCCUGGCCCAGUUGUCUUUAGGACUGCCACUGCCACUGUCGGGACCACUACUGAAUACGAUUUCCAGUGUAAACCGACUCUAGCCUAA